GGAGGUACUGUAGCUGCGGCUAGCUUAGGCUAGCACAAGUUGCUGCUCGGUUGCUGGUGCAAGUGAGGAGGCGGACGGGACGGUGACAUAGACACAGACAUACAUCCCCCCGGCCCCCGCCGUCGGCGACCUGCCACCCUUGCCUCGUCGUGCCUAUAAGAUAGCCGCCAUGCGCUAGCUGCAGCAGGCAACCGCGAGAGAGAGAGAGAGAGAGAGGCACACCCACACAACACAAGCAGGCACUGAGCAUCCAGGGUUUGCAAUGGCCGGCUGCGGAGAGAAGAGCGAUGCCGGCGUUGGCCUGUACGCCGUGCUCGGCGUUGCGAGCAACUGCUCCGACGCGGAGCUGCGCAGCGCCUACAGGAAGCUGGCCAUGAAAUGGCACCCGGACAAGUGCGGCAGCGGCAGCUCCGGCGGCUCGGAGGCCGCCAAGGCCAGGUUCCAGAAGAUCCAGGCAGCAUACGCUGUUCUGUCGGACCCCAACAAGCGUAUCCUCUACGACGUUGGAGCCUACGACAGCGAUGGCGAUGGCGAUGACGAGGGUGCAGGAGAAAUAUUGGGAGACAUCCUGGAGGCCAUGAACCACACACCUCCACACGAAGACGGCGAGAGCGAGAGCCUGGAGGACCUGCACAAGCAGUUCGAGGAGCUGUUCCUCAAACCGGACGCCUACGCCUACGCGCGCUCCUCCAAGUCCUCAUCGUCGUCGUCCAAGAUAACUGCCGGCAAGAAGUAGUAGCUCCCAAGAUGAAUGAUCUUCGCACGUGGAGACCGUCGUGUUGUUUCUAAAAGAAAUGAUCUUCGUACGUGGAGCUGCAGCUGGCUAAUUUCAUCCACGACAGAUGACUGUGAUCAAGAGCAUCUCCACGGAGGCGAAGAGAGGCAACCACCCGGAUUAAUGUUGAAUCUUCAGCAUAGCCUAGUCACUAAGAAGUACUCCCUCCGUUCCGAAUUACUUGUCUUGGAUUUGUCUAGAUACGGAUGUAUCUAGACUCAUUUUAGUGUUAGAUACCUCCGUAUCUAGACAAAUCUAAGACAAGUAAUUCGGAACGGAGGGAGUAUUUAUUUAAGGUGGCAUGGGGAUGGCACCUCUCGCCAUCGCGUGGACUUUUCCACUUUGUGAUUUGUGCUACUGCUUUGCGUGAAUUGAAUAACAUUUCUGUCAUCUUUUCUUAAAAAUAAUAUAAGCAAUUAUU